AUGGCCCUCUCACGAGAGCAGAUCCAUCUUGGCUCUUUGGACCUUCCCUCUCCAACUCGCCAAUUCUGCUUCUUCUCUACGGGCUGUCUUGCAGGCUUCGCCAGUUUGCCCAUGGCAUUUCUACCCAAGGUUCCUUCGUUAUCAGCAGCCACUCCUCCCGUACUUCGUGCUGGUAUCCGAUUCUGGACCUUCGAUCACACCCGCCAUAUACUCGCCCCCUUCCACUUGCCAGUAUGGUUGACAGGUGGGCUUGGCGGUGCAGCAGGAGGCUUUAAUGAAGUUCUCAUGCACUCGCUGGUCCAGUCAAGAAGCUUACCCACUGCCACUGCUCUAGGUGCUCAGACUCUGCGACUCUUCUUUUGCUUUGGUACAUAUACUUUUUUGAGCACUACCUUCAGUGACACUCUGCCCCCGAAACCCUUUUGGAAAUGCUGGAUGAUGGGUGCUACUGCUGGUGCCACUGGAAGUGCUGUUGUCGCCGCUCUAGAGGGCGCAAGGGGCAAGGCUCUGUGGGGCCAUGCAGUUCCCAGGGGCGCAGCGACCAUUGGCACUGUCAUCGCUGUACAUGUUACCACAUGCGCCAAGCUGCUCGACACUGUGGAUGCUGGAGAUUGA